AUGCCUCGGCGAAAAGAACGACUAACGAUCGACAGUGUUGUGAGUGUACGUUCACACCACCACGAGGCUGCUCUUUCAGCAACCACUGGUCUUCAAUUAUUCUCAAUCUUGGCCAUCUGCCAAUUCAAAAUGCACCUAUACUUGCUGCUAGUCAGCGUUUUACUCUUUCGGAACGCUAACGCGUUUCUUCCAUUUUUCACAGAAGAAGAUUUGAAGUUUACAUUUGGUGUUGAUCAUCACAGUAAAGUUCCAAAGCAUGAGGAAGUUGAUCCGAUUCCAAGAUAUGAUUUGAACGGAAGCUUGAGUACAAUUAGUUUUUCGGCGUUUGGUAGAAAUUAUAACCUGACCCUUGUACCAACACUCUCAAAGCUUGUCGCGGAUGGAGUUACAAUUGUAAAGAAGGACGAAUCAAGAGGAGGGCGUUUGGGGUUUGGGAGCGACAUUCAAAGUUGUCAUUAUCAUCACCAUUCGAAAAGAAUACACGCAGCUAUCAGUGAUUGCGACGGACGAAUUAAAGGAACUGUCAUCGACAAUGGGGAGAUAAUUGUAAUCCAUCCAUAUCCCGACCGACAUGCGCAUCGAUCAAAACGAAAUACAGAACAUGGUGUCCACAUCGUCUAUAAACGUGAUACGUUGAAUGGCGAAGUGCCCAACGACUUCUGCGGCCUUGACAACGUUGUGACCGAAGAAUCGCUACUUGAAGAUGAAAGUGCGAUAUUCGAGGAUGUUUUUGUAACCGGUGAACGUCUCACUCAACAAUCAGAUCUUAUUGUAGAAUUGGCUGUGUUCGUCGAUGAGAACCUUUGGCGUCACUUCAGCAGCAAAUACGGCGGAAUGGCUGAGAAGAAACUUCAAGAUUACACGUUGACACUUCUCAACAAUAUCCAAAUCAUGUACUACCAGCCAACCGCUAGUCCUCCGCUCACCUUCCGAGUGAUUCGAUAUGAAGUUCUCACCAGGCAGCCAGCAGCUCUUGCUGGAUAUCUCCACAACCAUGGAAAUGCCCAAAUGUAUCUUGACCGGUUCUGUCGCUAUCAGAGGAACUUGGCGGUUAGAGAUUGGGAUCACGCAAUCAUGCUAACAGGAUAUGACAUUCAUCGCGGCGCAGGCUCUAGAUCAAUCUCAGGAAUUGCCAGACUUGAUGGAAUGUGUGAUCCAUGGAAUACGUGUACACUUGCUGAGGGUCUGGAUUUCACUUCAGCAUUUAUUGGAACCCACGAACUUGGUCAUAGCGUCGGAAUGAGACAUGACGAGCCAUACUGUCCAUCAAAACACAUCAUGUCAUCUUCGUUGGGACCUGGAAAAGUCACCUGGUCGACGUGUUCGUUGAGAGACUAUCACCAAUUCCUACAGAGACUUGACGCGCGCGGUAAGAAUUGCCUACGUGUGUCGAACAUGCCAACGAAGCUUCAAAUCUCGUCGAACGUGAAACCCGGACAAAUCUAUGACGCGAAUCUCCAAUGCGAACUGAUGCAUGGAAAUGGAUAUCAGCAGGUGACACCGCGCCAGGAUUCCUAUGAUGGCAUUUGUUACAUGAUGUGGUGCGGGCAAUCUUCCUUCGGAAGAAUUAUCACCUCUCAUCCAGCGUUGGAAGGAACCUUCUGCGGGCCAAAUAAAUGGUGCCAGUUGGGUAGAUGUGUUCCAUGGACAGGAACCAAUGAGGUUGUACCACCAGUAGUUGCUGCUCCUCCAGUUGCUACAACCCUCCCAACAAGAAUCGACGGAGGAUGGUCAAGCUGGUCUCAAUUCUCAUGCAACCAGUGCACCUGCAAUUCCAUCUAUGGAUCCAUCGGGCUCUCCAUUUCGAGAAGAAGCUGCUCGAACCCUCAUCCAGCUAACGGCGGAAGUGAUUGCAUUGGUUCAACAAGCCGAGCAGUACUUUGCAGUCGACAAUGUGGAAGAGCUACUAAAUCCGUGGAUGAUUACAUCAGUGAAAAAUGUAUGGAGCAGAAGAGAUUGAAGAACGAUAAGGAACUGACUGGUCGUGGAAGCCAGCUAAACCGAUUCCCUCAGCGUGCAUGCAAAGUGUUUUGCGACGUUCAGCAAAGAUAUGGAGGGCAGCGUAACUAUCGCUUCUUCGGUGAUAAUCUUCCGGAUGGCACGAGUUGCGGUUACGAUAGAUAUUGUCUUGAUGGAGAGUGCUUGUCAUUGUCCUGUAACAACAUGGCACUCAUCAGCCGAGACGCUUCAUGCCCAACGGACACCUGCCCUAUAUCCGAUCAAUCGUCAUCCUCAUUUUCAGGGCAGUGGUCAACUUGGAGUUUGUGGACAAGUUGCACGGUUACUUGUGGUGGUGGAUACCGUAAAAGAUCGCGAACCUGCUCUACCAGCGGACAAUGUGACGGAGAAGAGACGGAAACUGAAACCUGCGGAAUUGAAGCAUGUCCAACAUCAACGGCUGUUGGGAAUGAAUGGAGCACAUGGACUGAAUGGAAUCGAUGCUCUGUUUCUUGCGGCAGAGGAUCGCAAGCAAGAUACAGAAAAUGUCUCAGCCCGUACAGAACAUUGGCAUUCGAUUGCCCUGAUAAGAACAUCGAAGUUCGAUCUUGCGAUAAUGGACCUUGUAAUGCAAUUGGUGUCUGGGGAUCUUGGGGAACCUGGAGCACGUGCUCCACUUCCUGCGGUCCUGGUACCAUGGUUCGGCAGAGAUCUUGUAAUAGAGAACCUUGCGACGGGUCGGCGCACGAAAGAAGAUCUUGUAACGUACAAAACUGCCAAAAUGACGGAAUAUGGUCUCUAUGGAAUGAAUGGUCUGACUGCAGUAGAGUUUGCGGAAGAGGUCUACGAAGCCGUAGCAGAUCAUGUUUCGGAAGUGGCUGCUCGGGCCCAACCAGUGACCAACAGUACUGUAACGAGCAGCCAUGCGCAGCCGUACCAUCCGAAUGGGGAACGUGGUCAACGUGGUCGCAAUGUUCAGUAACCUGCGGCGCCGGUGUCAAAAGGCGAACCCGAUUAUGCAGAUCCGGAAAUUGUCCAGGCAACUAUAAGGAAUCCGCAAUUUGUAAUGAUCGUGACUGCGAGAACAAGAAUGCUGCAUGGGGAGGUUGGGGAUACUGGUCAUCAUGUAGCGAAACCUGUGGCGAUGGUGUACGCAAACGUGUCCGAAAAUGUUACGGUAGCGGUCAAUGCGAUGGACAGCAAUAUGAAAAACAAUACUGUUGUUUAGCGUUUCUUGGAAAUUUUACGCGACAGCACGUAUUCUGUAUCAUCAUUAUCACAGUUCCAUAUCUCCGAAAGAAACUCAUGGCGCCACUUGUCUCGUCGAGAAUGGCCGAUUUAAAGGAUGAAGUCGAAAAACGCCUUAUUGAGUACAUGAACAUUGAUUCAACAACUGGAGUAGAAGAGAAAUUUGGUGAAAAAGUUAUUCAAGAUUUGGAGAGCAUUGGAUGGACCGUGGAGAAACAACUCCUCCCAAAUUCGACUCGUUUCAACGUUCUUGCAACGUUUCAGGAAUCGAAAGACAUCAAGGUCCUCUUGAAUACCCAUCUUGAUACCGUACCGCCAUACAUCGCACCAACUCAGGACGCCGACAACAUUUAUGGUCGAGGAACUAACGAUGCAAAAGGACAACUUGCCGCAAUGGUUACUGCGGCAGCAAUUAUCUCGAAGAAAAAUCAGUCUCUUGCAAAACGCGUCGGACUGCUCUUUGUCGUCGGUGAGGAAUACGAUCACGUCGGCAUGAUUGAAGCCAACAAACUCGGAAUCAUUCCUGAAUACUUGAUUGUCGGGGAACCAACUGAGCUUAAAUUCGGAACGAUUCAAAAGGGAGCAUUCAAGGUUCGCCUUACUGUGAAGGGAGUCGCUGGACACUCGGGGUACUUGGAUUCUGGAAAAAGUGCCAUCCAUGCUUUGGUUGACGUCCUUCAUGAUGUUAUUCAUUAUGAUUGGCCAAAUGACAAACGUUAUGGAGCAACUACUUUCAACGUCGGAAAGAUCGAGGGAGGACAAGCUCUUAAUGCUUGGGCGGAGCAUGCUCAAGCCGAUAUUUUCUUUAGAGUAACUACGACUUGUGAUGAUAUUCACAAGAUUCUAAAGAGCAUUGUCAAAGAGCGUGCCGUUGUCGAGCCGUUGAGUUUCAACGACCCAGUGGUCCUCGAUCCGCCACCAUUUGAGGCGCCGCUUGAUCAAGUGGCUUUCAACACCGAUUUGCCAUACUUUAACGCUCGUGACAAGCUUAAAGGGAAGUACCUGUUUGGAGGCGGCUCAAUUCGCAACGCGCAUUCAAAGGACGAGUUCAUGCCAAAAUGCGAGCUCCACAAAGCUACCGAGACACUUGUCAAGUUCAUCGAGACCCUUGCAUCUUAA